AUGUCGAAGAGCGAAUUCAUGAAAGAGAUAUCGCUAAUGAAGACACUCGGCUAUCACGAACGAUUGGUCAACAUGCUUGCUUGCAUCACCGAUUCUGAACCGUAUUGUCUCGUGGUUGAGUACUGCUCUGAUGGUGACCUGUUGCAGUUCCUUAGAGAUCGUUGCAAGUAUAUGCUUAAGCUAACUGAUAUGGGAAUUGAUUACGAUAAUCCGAUGUCAGAUGCUGACUUUGACGUGGAUAUGAUUAUAACACUGAAACAAUUGCUUAUGUUUGCUGUUCAAAUCAGUUAUGGAUUAGUGAGUUUUGCAUUCGAUGAUCUCANCGUCAAACGUCAAAAAGGUUUCGUUCACCGGGACGUGGCAGCCAGAAACGUUUUGGUUCAUGAUAAAACAAACGCGAAGAUCGGUGAUUUUGGUCUGUGUCGUUACAUCUACGCACAGAGUGCCAACUAUAAGGGGAAAGGUGGUCGUUUACCGGUCAAAUGGAUGAGUCCCGAGGCGAUAAAAUAUUACGAAUUCACAACCAAAUCCGAUGUCUGGUCCUUUGGAAUACUGAUGUUCGAAAUUAUUACACUCGGAGGAUCGCCUUACCCCGGAAUUCAACCGGAUGAUAUGAUGGAACAUCUGGAUGCUGGUGAGCGAAUGGAGAAACCGGAUAACUGCCCUGACGAUUUCUAUGAGCUAAUGAAAUGGUGUUGGGCAAAGGAACCGGCAAAGCGACCUGAAUUUGGUACUAUUCGUCAGCGAUUAGCCGCUCAGCUGGAAGAGGUCACCGAUGAGUAUUCCUACCUGAAAUUGGAUUCUCAACGCGAUUAUUAUAAUGUGCCAUACGGAGGUGUUACUACGCGCGAGCAAGAAACCACGUCUGGCGAUGACAAAUCAGCGUUGAAGGAGUUAAACGAAUCUGAGCUGGCGACUCUGGAAGACAUUCCGCUGUCACCGUCAUCCUCAGCCACAACGCUAGACCCUGCAAUGAAGAGUGAUGGUGACGUCUGCACAUGCCCUCACCCACAACAACAGCAACAACCAUCAGAAUCCGAACAGAAUCCUGCCGCACUAUCACUAUCAUCAUAUAUCAGUCAAGAUGCAAAUCACAGUCCCUCUCAUUGUCAGGGUGAACCAACCAACCAAAAGUGUCAUAUAAAUCGUGCAUUCGUACUGCGUUAA